UGGGCUGAGGGGAGGGCCGGCGGGCGGGCAGCCGCCGACGGGGCGUGGGCGCGCGGGCACCGAGCGUCCCUCCUGUCUCUUGAGCCUGGAGCACUCUCGGCGGCCGCGCCUCCCGCGCUCGAUCUUUUCCUCCGACCCUCGGCCCGGCCUCGCGGCACUAUGCCCGUCGUGGACAAGCUUCUGCUGGAGGAGGCGUUGCAGGACAGCCCCCAGACUCGCUCUUUACUGAGCGUAUUUGAAGAAGAUGCUGGUACCCUCACGGACUAUACCAACCAGCUGCUCCAGGCAAUGCAGCGUGUCUACGGAGCCCAGAAUGAAAUGUGCCUGGCCACACAACAGCUUUCUAAGCAACUGCUGGCAUAUGAAAAACAGAAUUUUGCUCUUGGCAAAGGCGACGAGGAAGUAAUUUCUACACUCCACUAUUUUUCCAAAGUGGUGGAUGAGCUUAAUGUUCUCCAUACAGAACUGGCAAAACAGUUGGCGGACACAAUGGUUCUACCUAUUAUACAAUUCCGAGAAAAGGAUCUCACAGAAGUAAGCACGUUAAAGGAUCUUUUUGGACUCGCCAGCACUGAGCACGACCUCUCAAUGGCAAAAUAUAGCAGGCUUCCUAAAAAGAAGGAGAAUGAAAAGGUGAAGACUGAAGUCGUAAAGGAGGUGGCAGCUGCCCGGCGGAAACAGCACCUCUCUUCCCUCCAGUACUACUGUGCCCUCAACGCGCUGCAGUACAGAAAGCGCGUGGCCAUGACGGAGCCCAUGAUAGGCUUUGCCCAUGGACAGAUUAACUUUUUUAAGAAGGGAGCAGAGAUGUUUUCCCAUAGUAUGGACAGCUUUUUAUCCUCCGUUGCAGACAUGGUUCAAAGCAUUCAGGGGGAACUGGAAGCCGAGGCCGAGCAGAUGCGCGUGUCGCAGCAAGAACUACUUUCUACUGAUGAAUCCGUUUACACUCCAGACUUCGACGUGGCUGCACCACAGAUAAACAGGAACCUCAUCCAGAAGGCUGGUUACCUUAAUCUUAGAAAUAAAACAGGGCUGGUCACCACCACCUGGGAGAGACUUUACUUCUUCACCCAAGGCGGGAAUCUCAUGUGUCAGCCCCGGGGAGCCGUGGCUGGAGGCUUGAUCCAGGACCUGGACAACUGCUCGGUGAUGGCGGUGGACUGUGAAGACCGACGCUACUGCUUCCAGAUCACCACUCCCAGUGGAAAAUCGGGAAUCAUCCUGCAGGCAGAAAGCCGAAAGGAAAAUGAAGAGUGGAUAUGCGCAAUAAACAACAUCUCCAGACAGAUCUACCUGACCGACGACCCAGAGGCAUUUGCCAUCAAGUUGAAUCAGAAGGCUCUCCAAGCUGUGACUCCCAUUACAAGUUUUGGAAAAAAGCAAGAAAGUCCAUGCCCCAGCAAGAACCUGAAAAAUUCAGAGAUGGAAAAUGACAAGACUGUUCCCAAAGCAACCGUCAGUAUACCUGAAGCCGAACAGCUGAUCGCACCUGGAACGCCUAUUCAAUUUGAUAUUGUCCUUCCUGCUACGGAGUUCCUUGAUCAGAAUAGAGGAAGCAGGCGGAUCAACCCUUUUGGUGAAACUGAGGAUGACACAUUUCCAGAAGCAGAAGAUUCCCUUUUACAACAGAUGUUUAUAGUUCGGUUUUUGGGAUCAAUGGCAGUCAAAACAGACAGUACUACUGAAGUGAUCUAUGAAGCGAUGAGACAAGUACUGGCUGCCCGGGCUAUUCACAACAUCUUCCGCAUGACAGAAACCCAUCUGAUGGUGACCAGCCAAACUCUGAGGUUGAUUGAUCCUCAGACUCAAGUGACAAGGGCCAAUUUUGAACUUACCAGUGUCACCCAGUUCGCUGCUCAUCAAGAUAACAAGAGACUAGUUGGCUUUGUGGUCCGCAUGCCUGAGUCCAUAGGUGGAGAAUCUCUGAGCACGUACAUUUUUGAAAGCAACUCAGAAGGCGAAAAGAUAUGUUAUGCUAUUAAUUUGGGAAAAGAAAUCAUUGAGGUUCAGAAGGAUCCAGAAGCAUUGGCUCAGUUAAUGCAGUCAGUACCACUAACCAAUGAUGGAAAAUAUAUACUACUAAAUGAUCAACCAGAUGACAGUGAUGGAAGUCCAAGUGAAAAUAGAAGCGCAGAAUCUGAAGCAUAACUGUUGGGCCUUUGGGGGAAGAGCACCCAGGAAGGAGAGCUAUCUUCUUAAGGGUUUUCAACUUGUCUGAUAUACAGACACACAACCUGAGUUCAGAAUGCUGACAAUCACUUGUGAAAUGUACUCUUGAUUCCUUGAUACUGAGACUCGGGAGGGAAACAGUAAGAAAUGGUUGACAACAUUCCUAUCCAUCUACAAAUGUUAUUUUAGGUGCUUUGUGGUAAGUCCUUUUUUUAGAUUGCAAUGUUCAGUGCUCAGGAUGAAAGGUAAUGAAAAAAUGCAUUGUUCACUUUAUUUCAGUGUCAUCUCUUUUCAGUUUCUGGUAUACUUUUCUAAAAAUGGCAAACAAGCCUAGAUUUAUAACUUGAUAAACACGAAGUAUUUCCUAUUAAUAUAAUCUAUUUUUGUAUUUUACUUAAUAAGCUUUAAGUGCCUGUCAUUCUGAAAACUGUGUAUUUAUAAUCAAGCUUGUCUCCUAAUUGGACCUAAUAAGCAUUAGUUUGUGCAUUCAAGUGAUGAGCCCUGCUUUGAGGUCCAAGCACUAGCAGAAAUGCAGGUCUAGUUUUGGUAACUGUCCGAGACAUCAUGCAGUAAAGACUAGCAGAUGAGCACCACAAAGGGUGUUUAAUUUUACACUGGCACCUUAGUGAGCCAGCAUUCAGAAGUGGAUGGUCCUUUAGACACUAGUGUUCUUAGGAGUGGAUCACUACGGACAGGGUGCAGUUCUACCAGUUCCUGUUUCUUCUGAGCCAGACCCUCCUCAAAGAAGGGAUCAGUUCAUUUUAAAACUCACUUGAAGCACAGCUGGUCAUGGGACUUGGUAUAAACUUCCAGCUCCCACCCUGACACAUCUGGUUCCUGGCAUCCCAGCCCACUCUGCCAUACCAUCAUGAAAUAAGUAUAAUCAUCUUGAACUGGUAUAGUGUAUUUAAUUAUAACCAAGUUCAAUGGAAUAUCACUGUCUUUGUAAUAAAUUAACCUAGCAAUAAAUGCUAGCAUAUAAAAACUA